UUAAAACAUGCAGUGAGUGAGAGAGAGAGGGAGAGAGAGAGAGGGAGAGGGAAAAGCGAGCUGCAGGCCUUUCCACGGGGACAAACUAGCAGAAAGGCAUCUCACAGUUAUUUCUUUCUCUUUACUCUCUCUCUCUCUCUUGCUCUCUCUCUUUCUCGCUCAACAUCCUAACGCCAAUUGAUUUGUGUAUGAAAAGCUGGGCGCUUUUCGCCCCCCUUUCGGGCUGUGCGUUUUGAGUGAUCAGCUGAUGAAGAGACUGGCUGCGCGCUGCAAUGCUGGUUUGCUAAUUCUCUUUCCUCCAGACUGGAGCCAGCCUAGAGACCACAGUCAGUCUCAGGCUAUCCAAAACAGACUGACUGAGGUUAUGGAGGAGGAAAGCAACUUGAAGAAACGAAAAAGCGAUAAUCAAGGCAACCAAGUUUCUGAGACUGGUCCGGAGGUGGUGGAGAAAGUGAAAAAACGACGGGGUCGCCCUCCUGCUGAGAAGCUGCCCCCCAACCCUCCCAAACUCACGAAACAAAUGAACACUAUUGUGGAUAUGGUCAUCAAUUACAAGGACACGUUGGGCCGACAGAUCAGUAAAGGUUUCGUCCAGCUGCCUUCAAGGAAAGAAGUGCCAGAGUAUUAUGAGCUCAUCCGAAAGCCAGUGGACUUCAGGAGGAUCAGGGAGAGGGUUCGUAAUCACAAAUACAGGUGCAUUGCAGACCUGGAAAAGGAUUUUAUGCUGAUGUGCCACAAUGCUCAGAUGUUUAAUCUGGAAGGAUCUCAGAUCUUUGAGGACUCCGUUGUUUUGAAGUCUGUUUUUGAAAGUGCAAGACAGCGGAUAGUUGAACUUACCGAGGAAGACAAUGAUGCUGUUGGAGGCAGUGAAGCAGAUGGUGGCGAUCACUUAAAUGUAGAGGCUCCUAUUUCAGAGACAGCAAAUCCUAAGAUGGUGGAAAAACUGGAGAGAAAUGCAACUGGUCCGAGUAUCUCCAGUCCAAAGAUGACAAACAGUAAUGAUAACAGUGGAAAGGAGUGUGAGAUCAACACACGAGGACUAUUGAAUUAGACCUCCAAAUGAAAGCCUUUACUUUGUAUGCCAUUUGUAUAAGACUUUUGCGUACCCAUUUACAGUAAGUUUUGCCCAAGGAUUAUAACAACCUUGGUAUUCUCACAGCAACAUUGUUACUGCAGUGAUGCAUCUGCGACUUGCAUUGUUUUCAUGUGUUUAUAAAAUGUAAAUAAGCCUAUACACAUACAUAAACCCAGAACGAACAAAUAUGGUUAAGAUACAAAAGGCCUGUUAGACUGCCUACCAAUGUUCUUUUUUAAAGUAUUGAAAAAUAGUGGUUCAUCAUACUGUAUUACGGUAUUGUAAAAUAUUAUAAACAUAAUCGGUCUUUCAAGAUGGGAUAAGCUGUGCUAAAUUUGCAAUUACGUCUCUAUUUCAGAGAGUUUUUAACAGUGAUUUUUGUGACUAUAAGCACUUUGUCACCCUCUUUUUGUACGUACUCAUUUCUUUCAUUGUUAAUCUUUAAAAAAAACUAAAGAUUUUUGGUUAUUCUUUAGUCAUCACAAUGUUUUAGCUAUAGAUAGAGGAGCUUGAAGCAUGAUGGAGAUGUGUUUUUGGUUACUGCCCUCAACGAGAGGCACCCACUGAUGAUGUUGUCAAGUUUGUAUGUUUGUGAUGGAUGGGAGAGGUGGUGUGUUUGUUGAAAAAAAUUUAAAGGAUUUUGACUUUAAAGUUUGUAUAAUGUUAAAGGACAACACGGUCUGAUUCGUCGUCUUGAAAAUAAACAUUUCUAUGAAAUCUCAA